UUGGCCACUUGGUUCCUCCUCAUCCACACACCCCUCUCUCUCUCUCUCCCUCUCUCUCUCUCUCUCUCUCUCUUCUGCUUCUUCCCCCUCCCCACUACCAUCAUCUUCUUCAAAUCCAAAGCCAAUACACAGAAGAGAUACACACACACAGGGAGAGAGAAAGGGAAAUAGAAAUCUAAUACAGAGAAAAGAAACAGAAAAAAAGAAGAAGAAAAGGAAGAUGUCUUUAGCCUCUUCAAUCCCUUCCAUCAAGAUCAAAGUGGCUCCUCCCCACCAUUAUCAUCAUCACAAUCCAUGCAAAUUCCCUUCAAAACCAUUCACCACCAUCAAGAGCUCUAAAGCUGAGGGGCCUUUGAGGAGACCCACAGCUCCUUCUCUUUCUCCUCCCCCUCCCUCACCUCCUUCCCCACCCUCUUCUUCUUCUUCUUCUUCUUCUUCUUCUUCUCUUUCUCCUCCUCCCUCUAUCUCUGCCUCUCCUCCGGUGAAACCAACAUCCCCAUCUCCUCCGAAGCCCGCGACGACGGCAGCGGCGGCGGCGAAGGAGGUGGUGACUUUGGAGUAUCAGAGGAAGGUGGCAAAGGAGCUGCAGGACUACUUCAAGCAGAAGAAGCUUGAGGAGGCAGACCAGGGGCCAUUCUUUGGAUUCACCGUCAAGAAUGAGAUAGCUAAUGGAAGAUGGGCGAUGUUCGGUUUUGCUGUUGGGUUGCUAACGGAGUACGCGACGGGCUCGGAUUUCGUUCAGCAGCUGAAGAUCCUUUUCUCAAAUUUUGGAAUUGUGGACUUGGAGUGACAUUUGUUCCCUUUUUUCGCAAUCAUUCAGUAUUGGUUGUCAAAUGCAAUGUAAUUUCUUUCAUCAUUUCGACUGAUAGCGAGACAAAUCUCUUGCACACUUGUAUGAUACUACUUGUCCUAUUACUUUAUAUGAAUGUAAAGUUUCAUUGGCAUUUUAUCUCUCAAUACAAGGAAUAUUGUUUUAUUUA